AUGCGUAAACGAAAGUCUCUUAAGAAAGCUGAUGAUGAGUCUGACGGAUCAGAGCAAGGCGGAGAACCCGAAGAAUUUCAGGAUUCGGGUGAAGAUUGGACACCGGAUGCCGAUUCGAACGAACAAUCUGGUCGUGGUGCUCGUAAAAGGACAUCAAGAGCUGCCUUGAAUAAUUCUAAAAAGAAACGUAAAAAUUCUUCAUCCGAAGAGAGUGAAGGAGAUGGUGAUGAAGAUGAAGAGGGUGAGGAUGAGGAAGGUGAGUUAGAUGAAGAGGAAGGUUCCGAUGAGGAGAAAAAUGGCUCUGAUGGGAAUAAAUCUGAUUCAAGUCAAUCUAAGGAUGUACCAAAGCAUUUCCAUUCAGGAAAUUUUGUCUUACUAAAAUCUGAUGUUAAAUGGGAUGGUGAUACAGUAAUUUCAAAGUUGGAUGAAUUGAAUUUGUGGAAGAUAGAUGGAAAAGCUUUAUUACAGAAAUUCAUACCUAUGGAAUCCAAUGGCAAAGUCCUUCACAAGUGUACAUGUGUGUAUUCUGGAUGGAAUGUUGACAACCGUGAUAAUUACUAUCCAAUAACAGAAAUUUUGGACCGUAAUCCAUUUACAGACUCAAAAGAAAUAUGUGUAGCAUUAGAUCUAAAUGAUCUUAUUAGAGUAAGAGACAAG